CUUUUUGCCUUUCGUCCCAAUAUUUUCUUUCCAAUCCCAAUAACACCUCAGGAUCUUGGAAUCUAACGUUAAUCCUUAACGGAGGAGGGGAACGAAGAGAAAGCAAACAAACCCUCCAUGCCAUUCUCCUUGCUGAGAUGGCGCCUCUGUCGUUAACCUCCAGCCUCGGCAAUAGCAACACCGGUGAAGACAAUGAGAACGACGACUACUACACACCCGGGAACCCCUCCACCAGUGGAAUCCUCCUAGUGAUACUUGUAUUCUCCUUCUUCGCAUUGGUCUUCACGCUCAUCACAGGGUGGGUGUGGUGCGUGUCUGCUGCCGAGCCGACGUAUUACUCUGUUAGGACGCAUCGGAGGGGUGCAUGGAGGACCAAACGCGUGGUUCCUUUUAGAGAAUGGUAUCGAAAAAGAUUGAAUCUUCCCCGAACACCUUCCGACAUUCAGCGGGAGGAACACUAUACUAGGGUUUUAACCAACCUGCGAAUAAAGGGUUGGGAAGGUCGUGUUCUUCGCAACGGCCAACCAGACGAUCGCCGCUGGAUGCGUCCUCGUGAUAGUAAAUUCUGGAGACUACACGGGCAUAGGAAUAGCCUAGAUACGUUCCAGUCAUCAAUUAGGAAGGUGGAUAAUUACGGUGCUAUCGGGAUACCGACCAAGAGAGAGGGUGAUUGGGGGGGUGAUAAUGAUGACGGUGCAUCGGUGGCGUGUUCACCAUUCACCAUUCCAAGGUUUUUUGGAGCACCAUGGAGGGCUUUGCAGGAGGAGGAUGGAAGAGUGGGUGAUGGUGGGGGAGGGGGAGGAGCAGAGAAAAGACAAAGGAUUAGGAGCUUAAGUACCGGGAGCGUACGAAAGUCUAGAAAGAUCCGGCGAACGACGGAGGAGAUGAGGAGUAAUAGUUGGGGACCUAGAGGUUCGAGGAGCAGUAUCGGGAGGUGUGGUAGAAUUGGUAGUGGACUUAGCACUGCUAGCACAUUGGAGAUUGUCAUGGAGGAGGGACAGAGUUUUUGAUGGUGGGCAGCAGGUGGUGUUUUUUUUUCUUCACGAUAUCACGAUUUCCUGUCAUAAUUAUGGGUUUUGGAAUUAGGGAGUCGGUCGGUAUGAGGAUAGUGUGUAAUUAUUAGCGUACCAUUUCCCUAUCUUUGCACUCUUCAUCUGCUUUGGUUUGGUCGGUUGGUUUGGGCGGCUUGGUCGGUUCGGUCUCAUUUACAGCAGUUCGGUCUCGUUUACUGUACCCUUCUACAAGUAUUGUAUCAUACUUGACCCCUUUCUUUUCCUACCGAAAAAAAAAAAAAAAGACUAGCAUAUAGUCUACUUGUACCACACAUUGAUACUCGAGUAAUCCCCACUGCGCUGCGCCUUGUCUCCCGAAGGAAAAAAAAAAUAACGAAUUUUACUUUAUUUCAUCAUCCUCAUCCUCAUCCUCAUCCACUAUUAUCGCUGCAGAACCCCCCCCCCACAUCACAUGUUUCCCCUCCCUUUCCACAAUCCCUAAUGUUGAGACUCAACCAGGCAUCAUGGAAAAACAAAAGCGGACACAAAAAGUCGUUGGGAUCUUGCAGAAUCCGAUGGAGAUGAUAGCUAAUAAGAAUGAAACCCGGGUACCUGCUCGGAUUGAUUCGAAACCGGCCUUGUUUGGUCCCGACUUGAAGCUUGGGGUUUGGGUUUGGGCUGUGGGUCUGCGUGGGGAAUGGGAGGAUGAGUACCGUAUGAUAGAGAGUGGGUGUGCGAUGGGUGAGAACAUAUUCUACGGUAUUCUGCGGUUACUGGCAUCACCUUCCGAUGAGAGUCUCUCGUUUUCUUCUUUCUCCACCGGUGCUAUGAGUACAGUACUAUAAUAUUAUCGUACCUGUUACGUCCUUGGUCCACUGCGAUACGGUAGGCUAAGCCAUGACGCCCCAUCCUCCAUGAUUCGGGGCUGAAAGUUCGGAUGCUUAUCUGUUCGGGGAAUUACCUCCCUAAAUGAGCUACGGUACAGGUGCCGUGGCUCGGAGAUGGAUGAUGUGAAAAGGAAAAGGUUUAUUUAUUUAGUCAUCACAUCUUCACGCGUAUGAAACAGCAUAGUACCGGUACGAGUAUCGAUUAUUGUCGGGUUGGGAGAGGUGUUCAGUGGAGCGAGUUUUUGGAGGGGUUUUUUUUUCCUUUUUUCCUGUUGAAUAUGGUUGCCACAGUCCGGUUUGCUAUGGUACCGUGUGGAGUUGCUGGUUUUA